GGAAAGAGGAAUACGAAGAGAGUAGAGAGAAGGUAUCGAAGCUUUGGAGGAUCUUGCACGGCACAGAUACCUAGAUCUCUUCUUCAAUCUCCCUCCCUUACCUUAUGCCGUAAUCCAUUCCAUUUCUCUCUCUCUCUCUCUCUCACUCCAUCCUUUAGCUAACUUUGCUUUGUUUAAAUUCUUCUUCGGCCAUGUCUCUUCCUCCGUAUGUGUUCAAUUUCGUGCUCAGAAUUGCUCUCUGAUUUUGUGUGUUUAGAGAUGACGUUCUUAUUUUAAAAGAUUAUUUGAAGCACGAAUUUCUUGAACUUAGAGUAGAGUGUAUGGGUGCAGUAGUAUUAAAGUGAAUCGCAGAACUGCUUUGAGUGUUACUGUGACUUUCGAGUUCAGGGUUCAUCAUGCCAUCGGACAUCAUGGACCAACAGGGUUUGUCUUCAUCGUCAUUCUUCUCUGAGGAAGCAUGUUAUCCUAAUGAGAUACAGGUUGGGUUUUGGAAGAGCGAAACCAUCGCAAACCACCACGGCUUAAAAAUGGAUGGAUCCCUACAGACAUCCCGUGCUAAUUCAGUUGCUUCAUCCACCCUGGAGAAAUGGAUGCCAAUUGAUUCUCGGAUGGCGAAGAGCUUCAAACUUUCUGAUUCUUACCUAAUCCAAGACCAGAAUAUUAACUUUAGCUUAGAGAAAUCUUUGAAGGGAGCACAGAGAGCAACUGGUCCUUCCAUGCGCAGACCACUUAACCAUGAGACAGGCUCGAGAUCAAAUUUUAAGACAGAGCCGGCAUCUUACUUUAUGGAAGGAGACAUAAUUAAUACCAGGGGUGCUAAUUAUGAGAAUGGCCUCUUUUCAAGCUCGUUGUCAGAUUUAUUUAGUAGAAAAUUGAGAUUGUCAUCAACUGAUCCUUUAUUUGGCCAUUCUGUUGAUGCUGCUGCCUCCCACUAUGAAGAUGAGGAACCCUUUGAAUCACUUGAAGAAAUUGAGGCCCAAACUAUUGGAAAUCUCCUCCCUAAUGAUGACGACUUGCUUUCUGGAGUGACUGAUGGGCUUGACUAUGUUGCCCAAGUCAAUACUGGGGAUGAUAUUGAGGAUUUAGACCUGUUUAGCAGUGUUGGAGGGAUGGACUUGGGAGAAGAUGGUUUGUCAUUCGGACAAAAAAAUUCAGAAUUUGCUGGAGGAAAUUCUAUUGGUCUGCUAGGUGGAUCUAGUAAUUCCAUUGCUGGGGAACAUCCUUUUGGAGAGCACCCAUCUAGAACACUUUUUGUGAGAAACAUUAAUAGUAAUGUUGAAGAUUCUGAGUUAAGAGCCCUUUUUGAGCAAUAUGGAGAUAUCCGCACUCUAUAUACGGCAUGCAAGCAUCGAGGUUUUGUUAUGAUCUCUUAUUAUGAUAUUAGAGCAGCCCGAAAUGCAAUGAAGGCUCUCCAGAACAAACCACUGAGGCGUAGGAAGCUGGACAUACAUUUCUCAAUUCCAAAGGAUAAUCCUUCAGAUAAAGAUAUCAAUCAAGGCACUCUUGUGGUUUUCAACCUUGAGUCUUCUGUUUCAAAUGAUGAACUCCGUCAAAUAUUUGGUGUCUAUGGCGAAAUCAAGGAGAUACGCGAAACUCCACAUAGAAGUCAUCACAAAUUUAUUGAGUUUUAUGAUAUUAGAGCUGCAGAAGUUGCUCUCCGUGCAUUGAACAGGAGUGACAUUGCAGGGAAGCGGAUUAAGCUUGAACCAAGCCGUCCUGGUGGUGCUAGACGUUUGAUGCAACUGUAUCCUUCAGAGCUGGAGCAAGAUGAAUCUGUUGCUUUUUUGCAACAGGGUAGCCCCCCUAGUAGUUUAACUACAGGACUAUCUGGAGCAUUUUCACACGGGGGAAUCACGUCUUGUGGUAUGGACAAUGGAACUAUCCUAGGUGUAUACUCUACGACUGGAGCUCCUAUUUGUUCAUUCCUGGAAAACACAUUACAGCAUGGUAUUUCGUCUAGUGUUCCUAGCAGUGUACCCUCCAUCGUGAGAAAGGAGUCAGGUGGUAAUCAAUCCAGUGUCACCGAGUCAGGCCACUUACAGGGCCAACUGAAGUUUGAAUUCCAGGGCACCCCAAAUGUUCAUCCUCUGUCGCUUCCAGAGUAUCAUGAUGGUUUUGCUAACAGUGCUCCCUGUAAUUCUCCUGGCAAUACUGCUGCAAAUAUUAGUGCCANUGGAAAACACAUUACAGCAUGGUAUUUCGUCUAG